UGCGCCUGUGUCCGGCUGACCCAGAAAGCAGAACCUCGGGCAGGCAGGAACUCCUGCGAGUGUUUAUUUGAGUGUGCAGGCCUGGGGGAGCGGGGGGAGGGGAGGCAGGGCAGGCCCUCGGCCCGGGGCCGGGCCUUCUGGAUCCCUUCCUGGCCUCUUCCUGUGUCUUCCCUCUCGCUCUCCCACAUCCUGAACCGGCCGCUGGGAGCCCGGAGCCCUGGGAUUCCUCCAGCGCCCCGUGGCAGAGGGGGCCCUCCCGGCCGGCAAGCCCCUCUUCUUACCCUGGAGGCUGCGGGAGGCCGAGAGGGAGGCUGGGUUCUCCCCCACCGACAGCGGGCUCUGGGACCUGAGGCACGUCCCUCUGUCUGCACUUGGACUUCUCCUCGGCUCCCAGGGGUGGACGCCGUGCCUUGGGUCCCUCUUGCAGCCUCUCUGUGGCCAGGAGCAGGCCAGGCUCGUGGUGACCCGCCCCACAAACCGAGGGAGGCUUGCUGCCCUUCGUUUUGGGGUGGACACUUGGCUCAUGGCUGCUCUCAGAGCCUGCCUCCAGUCUGCUUGCAUCUGAUGGAAACUAAGUAUUAAAAGAACAUGGGCCUGGUCUCCCAGAGCCCCUCCUCCUCAGGGUGCGGCCGCGCCGUCGUAGGUGUAAGCGAAGAAGGCAAGGAGGAGCCCAUGGCUUUGGCCGGCCGCCCAGGCCCCCGCCCGCACCAUCCGUACUCCCAGGACCCGGCGGAGCCGCCGUCCCCUCGUGGCCCAGGAGAGCCCGCGGCACCCAGCUCCGCGGUCCGGCCUCGCCAACCCGCGCAUCCCCCAGGUAGGCUCCGGUGCCCUCCAGCAGCGUUUCUGAAAGAGAGUUUGGGAACCCGGUUGCGGAGAUGCGCCCUUGGCUGUGACCCCUCGCUGUCGCUCAAGUUUCUUUCUCGCCUCGCCUUUUGCUGCCCAGAGGAUGACGUGGACCUGGAGGCGCUGGUGAGCGACAUGAGUGCGUCCCUGGAGAGCCUGUACGCAGCGUGCAGCAUGCAGUCCGAUACAACGCCCCUGCGCCAGAACGGCCAGCACACCCGUGACCAGCCGCCGCCCUCGGGGGCCAAGCCUGCCCCGCCGCAGGCGUCGCCGCAGCAGAAGGUGCAGCGUUCCCAGCCCGUGCACAUCCUGGCCGCCAGACGCCUGCAGGAGGAAGACCAGCAGUUCAGAACCUCGUCUCUGCCGGCCAUCCCCAACCCCUUCCCGGAGCUGUGCGGCGCAGAGAGCCCUCCCGCGCUCACGUCCGGCUCCCUACCUCCGAGCCAGGCCACGGCGAAGCAGGACGUGAGAGUCUUCAGUGAGGAUGGGACGUGCAAAGUGGUGGAGACCCCCGUGGACAUGACCGCCAGGGACCUGUGCCAGCUGCUGGCGCACCGGAGCCACUGCGUGGACGACAACAGCUGGGCCCUGGUGGAGCACCACCUGCACCUGGGGCUAGAGAGGUGCCUGGAAGACCACGAGCUGGUGGUGCAGGUGCAGACCACCAUGGCCAGCGAGAGCAAGUUCCUGUUCAGGAAGAACUACGGCAAAUACGAGUUCUUCAAAAACCCCACCAACUUCUUCCCGGAACAGAUGGUUACCUGGUGCCAGCAGUCCAAUGGCGGUCAGACCCAGCUCCUGCAGAACUUCCUCAACUCCAGCAGCUGCCCGGAGAUCCAGGGCUUUCUGCACGUGAAGGAGAUGGGCAGGAAGUCCUGGAAGAAGCUGUACCUCUGUCUGCGGCGGUCGGGCCUCUACUGCUCCACCAAGGGGUCCUCGAAGGAGCCCAGGCACCUGCAGCUGCUGGCCGACCUGGAGGACGGCAGCGUCUUCUCCCUGAUCUCGGGCCGGAAGCAGUACAGCGCCCCCACGGACUUCGGCUUCUGUAUAAAGCCAAACAAAGUGCUGCACGAGCCCAAGGAGCUGCGGCUGCUGUGUGCGGAGGACGAGCAGAGCCGCACCUGCUGGAUGACCGCCUUCCGGCUGCUCAAGUACGGGAUGCUCCUCUACCAGAGCUACCGCGUCCCCCAGCAGAGGAAGGCCUCGCUGUCCCCCUUCUCCACGCCCGUGCGCAGCGUCUCCGAGAACUCCCUCGUGGCCAUGGACUUCUCUGGGCAAACGGGAAGAGUGAUCGACAACCCGGCCGAGGCCCAGAGCGCAGCCCUGGAGGAGGGGCACGCCUGGAGGGUGAGGUCACGCGGGGUGGGUGCCGCUGCUGCGCUCCCGGACGGCGACUGUAAGCGGAGCACCCGGAUGAACGCUCUGGGUAGCCAGAGUCCCCUCCACCCUUCCAACCUCAGUGCAGUGAUCCACCGCACCCAGCACUGGUUCCACGGCAGGAUCACCCGCGAGGAGUCCCACCGGAUCAUCAAGCAGCAGGGGCUGGUGGACGGGCUGUUCCUGCUCCGCGACAGCCAGAGCAACCCGAAGGCCUUCGUCCUCACCUUGUGCCACCACCAGAAGAUCAAGAACUUCCAGAUCCUGCCCUGCGAGGACGACGGGCAGGUCUUCUUCAGCCUGGACGACGGGAACACCAAGUUCUCCGACCUGAUCCAGCUGGUCGACUUCUACCAGCUCAACAAGGGCGUGCUGCCCUGCAAGCUGAAGCACCACUGCAUCCGCGUGGCCUUGUGAACCCCCGGCCGGCGCCACGCCCGCGGGGCAGGGGGCCCCGGAGCGGGCGGGGGGCGGGGGUGGGCGCCCUGGAGAGGGCGGGGGAGUUGUGCGUGGUGGAGAGUACCCUUGGAUGCUGCGCCGUGGGGGCGCCCCUGUCCCCUGCGGUGCCGACCGCCACGGUCGGUCGAUUGGUUUUUUGGCUUUGUGGCGCUGCGUGGCCGCGGCUCUGGCGGCCGGACCGGGGCACGACAAAGCGAGCGCACCCUCGAGGGCAGCCGGGACGACUGUCCCGCCCGGCUCCGUGCGCCUCGCACAGAAGUGAUUGGAAGCGAACUCUUGCCCUGGAGUAACCUUGACGUUAAAACUGAGAUGUUUACUUGUUUUGUAUUGAUCGCGUUUGCACUCCCCUGUCCUCCACGUCCGACUGGGCCCGUGGCGGCAGGGGCGUGGCUCCGCAGUGCACGCAGUGGGCAGGUGGCGUCCAGUGGGCCCACGGCUGGGCCGGAGCGCGGCCCCCUCGGGGGCCUGAGGCGUCCCCCCUUCCCCACAUCACCGUGGGUGGAUUCGGCUUCCAGACGCGCAACGCCUUCGCCCUGCUCAGACUCCCGCAGUGCAUCCUCACGGAGACGGCGUCGCCCGGGGUCGGCCAGCCUCGGGCCUGUUCUGUGGACCAGCCAGGUCGCCGCAGCCCCGGUCACCUCUGGGGACCUGGCGUCCACGCCCCGUGUGUGGGGGUCCCGUCUUCCACAGUUCAGAAGCCUUGACUCCCCGGGACACCCACAGUGUCCCGCACCCUGCAGGGUGGAGUGGCCACGCCGCUGGCUGGAGACGGGCAGUCUUCCUGAGACACGCCUGGUGACCUCGCCCGCCCACCCUGGGUGCUCGCGGCCUGCUCUGGAACGGCCGCUGCCCGACCCUGAUAGCGACGCAGGUCCCGCCGGGCCUGCCCGCCCUCGGGGGUUCGAGGCUCUGGCGAGAGAACGCCGCCUGCGUGGUGUCCCCCUGGGGCCACUGGCUUCAGCGGCGGUGACAAUGGGAGCAUUGAAAGGGAGCCCAGAACUGGAGGUCUGGGUGUCACCACCCCUUCUUGCUGACACCCUGAGGCCGCGUGCGAGGUGGCAGGAGGCUCCCCCUGCCGGCUGGAACCUCACAGCGGCCACGGGCCCGGAGGAGUGGGUCAGCAGGGUGUGCUCCCCCCAGGGAGCGCCCCCCCCCACGAGCCCCCUGGCCCGGGCGGCGCCCCCAGGCCCGCGAGCAGCUGCGCCUUCGCUCCUGGUCCCCGACGAGCACACAGACCGCUGUGGCAAAAAGUGAUUUUCUUGUCCGGAGCGAUCGUCCCAGCGCGCCCCUCUGCUCGUCCCACCACCGGCCUGCCCCCGCCCACCCGCCCGCUGCAGGGCUCCCCAGAGACACAGCCCAGGCCUGAUGGGCCGUGGGGGCCGCCCCAAGGCGGGCCCCCGCCGGGAACAGCCCCCGCAUUUACUCUCCGGGCUGCGUCCCGGCUGUUUCCCCGGACUGCUCCGUGUACCCAGGGGGCAGCCGCGGCGAAACGUGUGUAGCCGACGCCCAGUUAUGCGUUCUUCCCUGUAAUCCCGCCCCCUUUCAAGCCAUUGACCUUUAGGCGAGUCUCGAGUCACCCUCCCUGGCGGCCAGCUGCCCCGAAUUCAUGGAAGGGCCUGACCCUUCAGGACACACAUUCGUCCCUCCACCGGGCGGAAGUGAAAGCCUCCCCACCGCCACCGACAGACGCCUGCGCCCCCCCGCCCCGGUGAGAGGAGCGCUCGCGCCCUGCCCAGCAGACACCUGGCACUGGCCGCGUGUCGUGCUCCUCAGCACGCGUCCCUCUUCAAGGGUGGCAUGUCCGUCUCCGGUGCGCACACAGCUAGUGCGACCCGGCCUCCCGCACCUCCCGGGGCCGGCGAGUCCUCGGCCGGUGCCCGCGUGCCGGGCCCCGCCCGGGGCCCCCGGGGAGGCAGGCGCCCACCGCCGGCCAGGGCCCAGGGGCGUGCGACCUUUAUUUUUGUAUUUCAAUGACGUGAAUGUAAACGGGACAGCUCAGGGUCGCCGUGGGGCCUGUUGACUCCUCGUCUCCGCCUGUGACUCCGUCUGAACGACAACGCCGCCAGCAGCCUGGACCGAGUGGAGGAGGAGGAGGAGGGCGCCGGGCUCCGGGGCCGCCGGGCUCCGGGGCCGCCGCGCUCCGGAGGGUCGGGCUUCCAGGACGCUCUUCCGUUCGCUGCACCUCGAAGAAACAUGUGCCUCAGUCUAGAAGUUUUGUCCGCUUGCCUCUGCGCACCCGACGGCCUGACCGGCCGGCUCACCUGUGGGGGGCGGGACUUGUUCCCGGUAGAGUGUGACGCCACCGCAAGUGCGGUGGCCCGCGGAGCGGCCGGUGUGUACGUGUGUGUUUGCGGGGUGUGCAGAGAUUGUUCGCUUGCGAGACAAAGCUUUAUCCCAUGUGCUUUGCUCCUCUUUGUACAUAGCUCCUUGGCUCAUGAACCUAAUCGUGAACUUUCAGGUAUUUUUGUACCAAUAAGGGACUGAUAAUCUGUUUCUUGUAAUUUGAAAUAAACAUUAAUACAGUGUUCUUCAUUUUC